CCCCGCUGCCGGCCAAGCCCCUCGACCAUGCCCCGCGCCCCACCCGCGCCGGCACCUCCCCAGCCCCGCGCAGCCCAGAGCACCCGCAGCCGUCGCGCCGCCGCACCAGGCAUGCAGUAAAGGCCAAAGGCUGAAAAUCUGGGUCACAGCUGAGGAAGACCUCAGACAUGGAGUCCAGGAUGUGGCCUGUGCUGCUGCUGUCCCACCUCCUCCCUCUCUGGCCACUGCUGUUGCUGCCCCUCCCGCCGCCUGCUCAGGGCUCCUCCUCCUCCCCACGAACACCACCAGCCCCAGCCCGCCCCCCGUGUGCACGGGGAGGCCCCUUAGCCCCACGCCAUGUGUGUGUAUGGGAGCGAGCACCCCCACCGAGCCGCUCCCCUCGGGUCCCAAGAUCACGUCGGCAAGUCCCGCCAGGCACCGCACCCCCGGCCACCCCAUCAGGCUUUGAGGAGGGGCCACCUUCAUCCCAGUACCCCUGGGCUAUUGUGUGGGGCCCCACCGUGUCUCGAGAGGAUGGAGGUGACCCCAACUCUGCCAAUCCUGGAUUUCUGCCCCUGGACUAUGGCUUCGCAGCCCCCCAUGGGCUGGCUACCCCACACCCCAACUCAGACUCCAUGCGGGGUGAUGGAGAUGGGCUCAGCCUUGGAGAGGCGCCUGCCACCCUGCGGCCAUUCCUAUUCGGGGGCCGUGGGGAAGGUGUGGACCCCCAGCUCUAUGUCACAAUCACCAUCUCCAUCAUCAUUGUUCUCGUGGCUACUGGCAUCAUCUUCAAAUUCUGCUGGGACCGCAGCCAGAAGCGACGCCGGCCCUCAGGGCAGCAAGGAGCCCUGAGACAGGAGGAGAGCCAGCAGCCUCUGACAGACCUGUCCCCGGCGGGAGUCACUGUGCUGGGGGCCUUCGGGGACUCGCCCACCCCCACCCCUGACCAUGAAGAGCCCCGAGGGGGACCCCGGCCUGGGAUGCCCCAGCCCAAGGGGGCUCCAGCCUUCCAGUUGAACCGGAUUCCCCUGGUGAAUCUGUGAUGCCCCCAAUGUUGGGGUGCCGCCAAGCAGGAGGCCAAGGGGCUGCCAUAGCCCCCAUCCCACUGAGGGGGGCAGCUGUGGGGGGCUGGGCCCACAGGUGCUCCUGGCUCCUGCCCUUGCACCCCUGUAACCCUCACUGGCCCUGUGGGCAAUCCUUUAUGCUCACCCUCCUGUAGGUGGGGGCCUCACAUAUUUGUGGCUUCUGGGCCCCCAUCUCCACCCUUGCACACUCACACGAAAGCCUUGCACACUCGCCUCCACCCUCGCAGGCCGUGGCACACACUCAUGCUCUUGUCCAGCCGUCUUCUGCACCCUCUCCCCAUCCACCUCCCUCCCCUCAGCUGGCCUCUUGCAUUCUCCCUCUUGUUUCCCAUUUUUCACUCUUUCUUGUCCCACAUUCUGUGCUCAGCUCAGCCUCUCGGUGGCCGGUGUCACAUGCACACUUCACCUCUCACCUGCAUUUCCUGGCCCCAUGUUGUGGUGUUGUGUGUCAUGCUCGCACUCUCCCUCAUGGACACCCACUGAUGUGGUUUCUGUGCCCCCUGCAUGCUGCCCCAGAGGUGGGUGGGAGGUGAGCUGGGGUCCCCUUGUGUCCUCAUCUGUCAUGGUCCCUUCCCAUUUCAUGUCACAUAUUUCGUCUCCCCCAUCCCGCUCCAAGGGUGCUUUCAUUACCCUGAGGGCUCCCCCAUGGGAAUGGGGGUAGUGAGGCCCCAAACCUCUUCCCCACCCCACUGCUGAAUUUGGAUGUCCGGGAGAUGGGUUUAGGGGAGCCACCUGAAGCGCUAAAGGAGAAGGGGCUCCCAUUUGCCCUCCCCGUAAGCCCUCUUGUCUUGUCUGUCCUGGCUGUCUGCGUACGUGUCACUCUCUGGAACUCAGAGUCCCCCGAGCCAGUCCUCCCCUUCCCAGCCUCCCUUAGGGCUCCCUCACUCUACUAAGCUGCCAGGGACUGGAGCCAGCUGGUUCAAGGCCAUCGGGAGGGAGCGCUGCUCCAAACCCACCCCUCCUCUUCCUGGGCCUCCUCACAUCCCCUCUCUCCUCCCUCCUUCGCUCUGCCAUUCCUUUUUUUGCCUCCCUCCCUUUCCUUCUCCUCAGGUUCAUCUCUCUUUCUCACUCUUUCCAUCUUCCUUCCUUCUUCCCCUCUUACCUGGCUCCUAUGCUGUGAUAUAUAUUUUUGUAUUAUAUCUUUCUUCUUCUUGUGGUGAUAAUAUUGAAUUCUUGUGGGAUGUAAGUUUCAAAAUUUUCAAAUAAAGACUUUGCAAGAUA